AGUUGUCACACUUCAUCCACAUUGCUUGGCUCACAAUGAUCAACGAGUUCUUCGUUAGGCAGGUACACGGAUGAGUCAUUGGGGGUUGAGACACAUCCACACUCAAAUGACUCUAUUUAUUCCUUGCUUUCGUUGCCAAGCUAAUGAACUGCGUGCGUUCAAAAGGACUAGCGAUACCCUAUCUAUCUUCUACCUCAACCGUAAGUACCACCAUGGGUGCACACACAGCCAUAGCUCCAGUGGUGAGCAAGAUCUUCUGCAGCUCCUCGCAGGCCGUGCUGAUGGUGCGCAGGCGUCCUCCUACCGUGAACGGCGGCGGCCUUGUUGUUACAGACCGGAACCAGACGGCCGCUUUCAGGGUCGAUGGCUGUGGAACCAUCGGUGCUAGCGGGCAGCUGAUCGUCAGGGAUGGCGAUGGCAGCGCAAUCCUCUUCAUUCACAAGAAGGGAGGCGUCGUUCAAGCGCUGAGCGUCAACAACUGGUGGAGAGGGUAUCUGACCGACUAUGGCGAGCCAAGCAAGCUGGUUUUCAGCUUGCAGGAUCCCAAGCCUGUCCUCUGCACGAACACGAAGGGUGACGUUCGGGUCACCGUGGAGCCCAGCGGGAGGACGAAGAGGCACUGGGACUACGAGGUGACUGGAUCCUUCGCUCAGAGGUCUUGCGCCAUCAAGAACCGAGCAGGCCAGCUUGUAGCGCAGAUUGGCGGCAAGGGGAUGAUGGCAGGCAGGGACCUGUACCAGGUGGUGGUGCAGCCGGGCUAUGACCAGGCCUUUGUGGUUGGCAUUAUUGCCAUUCUUGACAACACGCAUGGAGAGUCCACGAGCUGCUAAUAAGAUCCGCUCCAGCAGCAAUUUGUUAGAAUACAGUUGUGUAGCUUGAUUAUUUUAUUGGACUGUACAUUGCUUGCUCUAUCUUUUCGUUGAUAGCUAGGCUACCAUGUACAUGAUAUGUAUAUAUGUGAUAUCCAAGUGUGUUGUAUUUCAAGUUUGGUAUGGUUCACUGUUCACAUUCAAAAGGAUUUAAGUUCUUGAUACUAGCGUAUAGUGGUUACUUUUAUCC